CGGGAAGAGAGAAGGCUGUCCCUGAGCAUCAUGGCGGCUGCAGGGUCUGACCCUCUGCGUGUGGGCUUCGUGGGCGCAGGACGCAUGGCGGAAGCCAUCGCCCAAGGCCUCAUCCGAGCAGGCAAAGUGCAAGCUAAGCAAGUGCUGGCCAGCGCACCAACAGACAAGAACCUCUGCCACCUCAGGGCUCUGGGUUGCCAGACCACUCACUGCAAUCAGGAGGUGCUCCAGAACUGCUCACUUGUCAUCUUUGCCACUAAGCCCCAAGUCCUGCCUGCUGUUCUGGCAGAGGUGGCCCCUGCAGUCACCACCGAGCACAUCGUCGUGUCUGUGGCUGCUGGGAUCUCUCUGAGCUCUCUGGAGGAGCUGCUGCCCCCGAACACACGAGUGUUACGAGUGUCUCCCAAUCUACCCUGCAUAGUCCAGGAGGGGGCCAUGGUGAUGGCACGGGGCCACCACGCCAGGAGUGACGACGCUAAGCUCCUACAGGACUUGUUGGAGGCCUGUGGACAGUGCAUAGAGGUUCCUGAGUCCUACGUAGAUAUCCACACUGGCCUCAGUGGCAGUGGUGUGGCCUUUGUGUGUACAUUCUCGGAGGCCCUGGCUGAAGGUGCCAUCAAGAUGGGCAUGCCGAGUGACCUGGCCCACCGCAUUGCUGCCCAGACCCUGCUGGGGACAGCCAAGAUGCUUCAGCGGGAAGGGAAGCACCCAGCCCAGCUCCGCACAGAUGUGCUCACACCCGCUGGGACCACCAUCCACGGGCUUCAUGCCCUCGAGCAGGGUGGCCUUCGAGCAGCUACCAUGAGCGCUGUGGAAGCGGCUACCUGCCGGGCUAAGGAGCUCAGCAAGAAGUAAAGCAGGCUUCAGAUGAGACUACAGGCGCCUUGCGUGGCUGUGGCGAUGUGCUGUCUCCCAAGUGCAAUGGCCACCAUCUUCAUCGGAGACACUGUGACUCCUUAUAAAUUAUCGUCAAGGGGCUGGAGAGAUGGCUCAGAGGUUAAGAGCACUGGCUGCUCUUCCAGAGGUCCUGAGUUCAAUUCCCAGCAACCACAUGGUGGCUCAGAACCAUCUACAAUGGGAUCUGAUGCCCUCUUCUGGAGUGCAGGUGUACAUGUAGGCUGAACACUGUAUAUG